UUUGCCUGGAAGUAGCUCUUGCGAACCCAGUUCUACAUCAUCUCGUUUUUACUGACUUACUGAAAUGCUUCAAUGCAUUGGCGAAUGUAGCAAAUAAUGCAUUUUCUUUUCCCUCUUGAAAUUUCCGUUCAUUCACCAGCGCAGUAACACCGGCUUUAGCUGACUGGUGGGCUUCCUAGCGAGGACAGCUGCAGAAGAACAUCUAAAAUGCUGCAAGCUGGGGCCUCAUCCAUGUGGGCUUCAUGCUGUGGACUGCUGAAUGAAGUGAUGGGGACCGGGGCAGUGCGCGGACAGCAGCCCGGCUUUGGAGCAGGCGCCGGACCCUUCCGGUUCGCCCCCAGCGCCGGAUACUCCACCUACCCGCCUACCAGCUCAGGGAGCCCCAGCCUAGUAUGCAAGGCCUGCGGCCAGGCGUUCUCCGUCUUCAGGAGGAAGCACAUCUGCUGUGACUGCAAGAAGAACUUCUGCUCCUUGUGCUCAGUGCUGCAGGAGAACCUGCGGCGGUGUGCCACCUGCCACCUGCUGAAGGGCACGGCCUUCCAGCGGCCGCAGCUGAUGCGCCUGCGCGUCAAGGACCUGCGGCAGUACCUGGUGCUGCGCAACAUCCCCACCGACACCUGCCGGGAGAAGGAGGACCUGGUGGACCUGGUGCUGUGCCACCAGGGGGCCGACAGCGAGGACGAGCCCGACACGGCCAGCCUGCACUCGCACUCCCACUUUACGCCGCCCCUCACCACUGUGCGCUCCGCCUCAGAACAGUCCGCUCUCUCCGCCUCUCAGGGGGAACCGCUCAGCAGGAGCGAAAGCUCAGGGACCACCCUCCAGGAUCAAGCAGAUGCCACGUCUCUCUCUCUCUUGAACCUGGAGACUCAUGAAAACACUCCAGAGGCCAGCCCCUUGACCCGGAAGCGGGCCCGUGCCUCUCUCACGGACAUCUCCAGUUUAGAGGACAUAGAGAACCUGUCUGUCAGGCAGCUCAAGGAGGUCCUCGCCCGCAACUUUGUCAACUAUUCAGGCUGCUGCGAGAAGUGGGAGCUGGUGGAGCGCGUGAGGAGGCUGUUCAGAGAGAACGAGCUGAACAGGAAAUCCAUGGAAAAUGUGAGCAACAGUAUAACUGCAGUGGUUGCCUACCCCCCACCUAUCUGCAAUGGUGGACUCGGAGGUAAGAGGCUGACAAACUCAGGGGAGAGGCUGCCUCUGACCAACAACGAUGACAACCUGUGCCGGAUCUGCAUGGACGCCGUGAUCGACUGCGUGCUGCUGGAGUGCGGUCACAUGGUCACCUGCACCAAGUGCGGCAAGCGCAUGAGCGAGUGCCCCAUCUGCAGGCAGUACGUGGUGCGCGCCGUGCACGUCUUCAAGUCCUGAAGCCCCGCCUCUCGCGUCUCGUCUGGACAGUCACGGGCCAUACUGUGAAGCUGCCCUCCCUUUCUUUCUUUGUUUUUAAUGAACUCACAGCUCCAAAAAUGUAUUUUUGAAUUCAUUUUUUACAAUUAUUUUUCCAUCUUGCAUCAGCUGAUGUCAUCCACAUUGACACUCUGGAAAUGUGAUGCUCAAAGGGAUUUUGAUUAAAAUCAUCAUUUCCACCGUUUUCUUUUUUUUUUAAUGUAGCAGUUUCAGGGGUUUUUUUGUACGACCAUGUACUGCUUAAUGAGAGAGAAAUCCCAGUGUGUGUAAACUACAUGCAGCAGGGCUUUCGCUCCAAACUACAUUCCGCAUUUUGUUUUUCCAUAACCGUGCAUUCUGGCUUCUGCCUUGUUUCCAGUUAUCACUGAUGUGUUCAUUUGACACAUCAACUUUUGUUUGAAUGUGGGCUGUACAAUCAUAUGUGCAAUGAUUAAAUGAAAAAAGAAAAUCUAAAAAGUGAUUUGAUCCUUGCUGUUUGAGGAACUGCAUCACCACUAAAUAAUCGUAGCAUUUGUAGAGCUGAGCACUACCUGAAUGAGCUGCAAAGAACUGCGGUAACUUGUUUAUCGAAUAUGUACUGUAUUAGAGAAGAGGGGGUGUUGUGAAUUAGGUGCCAAAUGUAGGAACGUGCGAGGGAGUUAACGCCUCUCUCACCGUGUUCUUUCUGUGUAGGUGUGGCUUUUAAUUAGCGUGUCAUGGUAUUCCAUGUCUUCAGUUCCAGUAUCAGAUACUCACACUCUACUAAACUCGGUUAACCUACACUUCCUGAGGUUAUAACCCCUGUUCUUUCUACGUUUCCAGUCAAAAUGUAUACGGAUGAAUUCUGGUGGCAUAUGUUGGCUGGAAAUGGCCACCAAGGCUGGGUUGUCUGGUAAACUCAAUCAUGACGGCAAUAUUUCAAAAAUAUUUUUUGUUCCCCCCCCCUUGUUACUGCUCACCGUCGUGUUCUUCUUCAACACUGUGAGUGUUGAAAUACAAAAGGAGAAAACAGGUGCUAAGUAUAUUCAAGUAUUUUUCCCUUCUGUUUGAGAUUAUCUUAUUCUACAUAUCUUUGACUCCGUUGUGGAUGUGCUUUUAUGAAAUCUUUUUUUCAAGUGGGAGUUAAACCUUGAAAUGUGUUUUUAUUGGUUUACGUUAAAUUAAGAGUAACACAUAGAACUAACAAAUAUCAAAGAUGAUCUAUUUGAAAGUUUAUUACUCACGCUUAUGGUACAUAGAACUAUAUAUAGAGGAAAAGUGAAAUGCUGUACAGUUGCAUAUAAUGUUUCAUAUCACUAACUAUGAGAUGUAUAUAUCUAUAUUUUUUUCCAUUUGCUUUGAAUGUUUAAUAUCUGAUUUUUAAAAUGUCCUUCAGAUUGACUUUAUUAUCACGGUAAAGUACUCACUGGUUGAAAUGUUGCCACUUUUUGUUUGUCAGUCCACUAAUUAAAAGCAGAUGUUACAGAAGUUGGGGUUCCGCCCUCUCUCCAUUCCAUCUUUACUUUAUGCUUCUGCCAUUAACCUCCUUACAAUGACCAGUUUCUCUCCCCUAUCCUGCUCUGGGCUGGCUAUCCAAUAUCAGAUCUCUUAAUAUACCAAGCACUAUGCUGUAGAUGACAGUGUCAUUGUAUGCUGCUACUCCUCAAAGAUGUCACAUGCAGGCAACCUCCAUGUCAGAGCAGGCUUUGGGUGAGACGCCCUCCAUGAAAUGUGUAUUUUAAGCAAACAGUUUGCGAGGUCUAGUCUUUGUAUUUUGGAAUGUUGAACUUUUUAUUUUGGUAAUUUAAAAAGAAAAAAUAAUUUAAUAAAAAUACAGUACCUUGACUAAUUA